AUGCACGUGCAUACAUACGCCAAGCCGGUUAGCAUAUUUCCCCCUUGUCCCUUAGAUUUUUCAUUCUGGCUUCCUGAUUCGAUUUCCGCGAACUCCGAUCAUCCGAUUACCCUAGACGAAUAUAGAACUAAAUCAGCACCCGGAACUGAGACGGAACCUCUUCCCUCCACAAAGUCAAAUCAACGUUCUGACGCGGUGGUCUCAUUGGAGCGUGAAUUAUUUGAGAUUAUUCGUGAGGUGGCUGGUAAUAUGGUAGAGCAGGUGUGUGAAAAUUUACUUAUCCCUGAAUAA